CACGGGCAAAGACAGCUCCUUUGGAUGGGAGAUGAUGAAUGACCAUGAUGAAGCUUCUCCUGACAGCUGCAUCAAAAAGGUGGUCAACGACAUGGGCAACAUCAAGUUUGCGCUGGACACAAGCCUGGACGUCACCAGCAACAGCUGGCUCAAAUACGUCCGCUCUGCCCCGACAUUCGAGGAGCAGAACCUCGCCGCCUGUCACCUCACAGGGGACCAGAUUUAUUAUAAAGCAGUCCGGGACAUUGAAGCAGGGGAGGAGCUUUUAGUGUAUAUGAAGGACGGUAUUUUCCCUGAGGGAUCCAUGGCACCCAACCUACAAGACGAGCAGAUGUACCGCUGUGAAGACUGUGAUGAGCUAUUCUCCUCUACCCUUGAGCUGAGGCGGCACCAGAAGUAUUCAUGCUCCAGUAGCGGCUCGAUCUUUGAUACGUUGAGAGACGACUUCAAACAGGAACGCGAGGACAGUGACGAGCCCAUUCAUGAGUGUAAAGACUGUGAGAAGAUUUUUCCAAAUGAGUACAGUCUGGGCCAACACAUGAUAGUCCACACAGAGGAGAGAGAGUACAAGUGUGACCAGUGCCCUAAAGCCUUCAACUGGAAGUCCAACCUCAUUCGUCACCAGAUGUCACAUGACAGUGGCAAGCGCUUUGAGUGUGAAAACUGUGAUAAGGUACAGCAUGCCGGGCACGUGUUCACAGAUCCCAGCAACCUUCAGCGUCACAUCCGCUCUCAGCAUGUGGGGGCCCGUGCUCACACAUGUCCUGAAUGUGGUAAGACCUUUGCCACCUCAUCAGGCCUCAAGCAGCAUAAGCACAUCCACAGCAGCGUCAAACCCUUUAUCUGCCCUGAUGGGCUGCGUCUUUUUGCUCCCCCAGGCGAGGUGUGCCACAAAUCCUACACUCAGUUCUCCAACCUCUGCCGCCACAAGCGUAUGCACGCAGACUGCCGCACUCAGAUCAAGUGUAAGGACUGCGGGCAGUUGUUCAGCACUACCUCCUCCCUCAACAAGCAUCGUCGCUUCUGUGAGGGCAAAAACCAUUAUGGAUCUCCAGCGGGGAUGUUUAACCCUGGCAUCCCCAUGAGCUCCAGCCCCAUCAUGGCCAAGGUCAAGUCCCACCAUCCCCACCUUACAGGUCUAAACCAGUCAGGUUUGGGCUUCACUGAAUACUUUCCCUCCCGACCUCACCCUCAUGCUGGCUUGCCCUUCUCACCAGGACCUCACGGCUUCCCCUCCCUUCCACAUGGUUUCCCAGGUAUUUUCCCCCCAUCACUGUAUCCGCGACCACCUUUAUUGCCAGCCAGUCAGUUGAUAAAGAGCCCACUUGGUGGCUGCAGUCAGGAGGUGAAGCUGCCGAGGAGUCCCUUAGAUGCCCCUCCUUUGUCCCUGGUUAGCUCUACAAACAGCAAUGGGGGUAACAGUUUGAGUCAGCUGGACGAGAAGGACAACAAACUAGAUUUAUCGUCUAGUGGAGAGGCCAAGCAAUCUAAGAUGGUGGACAUGUCUGAUGGCAGUGACCUUGAAGACGUUAAUACCACAAGUGGGACAGAUUUGGAUACCACCACUGGUACGGCUUCGGGUGAUGGGUCUGACCUGGACAGCGACGGAGAAAGUGAACGUGAGAGAAGUGGUAAAAGGAGGAAGUCAUCUGGGGCUGUAUCCAGUCAUGAAGGCCAACAGUUAGAAGACACCAAUUCUGCGUUGAUAUCAGCCGUGUCUAGUUCGGGGAACCCCACCAUCGAUCGUCCCUUCCUUUCUUCUGCAUCCUCCCAGCACUCCUUUUUUCCACCACCUGAUGAGCAAGCCCUCCCACCCACCACUACAAAUGCCAGUGCAGCUACCACAGAUUCUAUCAAAGCCAUUGCGUCCAUUGCUGAGAAAUAUUUUGGUCCAGGUUUGAUUGGUCUUCAUCAGGAGAAGAAGAUGGGUCCAUUGCCCUACCAUUCCAUGUUUCCCUUUCAGUUCCUGCCCAACUUUCACAACUCGCUUAAUCCCUUCAGCGCAGAUCGUGGUGCCCUUAAUCCUAGCAUGUUCUUCAAAGCAGAGCCCAAGUCACCUCGCGAGCAGCUGCAUAAGAUGGUCGCUCCAGGGGCUCCUGGUUCCACAGCAGAAUCACCAUUUGAUCUCACGACAAAGCCGAAGGAGACCAAGUUAGCUCCUCCAACCCCAACAAACCCCACAAACCCCAACACUAGCACUGGGAGCAGUAGUGGACCCUUAGCAAUAUCCAGCAGUGAAGAACAGCCAUUAGACCUCAGUAUUGGCAGCCGGAGCAGAGGUGGUCAUAAUGGUGUGGCAGCUGAGCUACAAAAUAGAAAGAACCACAUCUUCGGAAUUGGAAAGGGGGUUUCCAUCAAGGAUGAAACUCCAGCUGGGUUUUCACUUCCCCAUUCCCAGUUAUUGCACCAAUCGUCCCUCUCCCAGCACCAGCAGCCACAGCCACAUCAGCCACCACCACUGCACUAUGCCAAGCCCUCAGCAUUCUUCAUGGACCCCAUAUACAGCAGGGUGGAGAAGAGGAAGCUACUUGACCCUGUAGGAGCAUUGAAGGAAAAGUUCUUAAGGCCCUCACCACCACUCUUCCAUCCACAGAUGUCAGCCAUGGAGAACAUGACAGAGAAGCUUGAGAGCUUUGGCGCUCUAAAACUGGAUGUGCCGCCCAAUCCACUGCAACACUCUGCUCAUCCACUGUUCAACUUCCGAUCACCCCCACCUUCCCUCUCUGACGCCAUCCUCCGCAAGGGCAAGGAGCGUUACGCCUGCAGGUACUGUGGGAAAAUAUUCCCUCGCUCGGCAAACCUCACCAGACACUUGCGGACACACACAGGGGAACAACCCUACAGGUGUAAAUACUGUGACCGCUCAUUCAGCAUCUCAUCCAAUCUUCAACGCCAUGUUCGCAACAUCCACAACAAGGAGAAACCCUUCAAGUGUCACCUCUGCAACCGCUGCUUCGGUCAACAGACCAACCUCGACCGCCAUCUCAAGAAGCACGAGCAUGAGAACAUUCCUGUGAGCCAGCAGUCUGGGAUGCUUUCCAACCUAGGAACCACCAUCUCCUCCCCAAACUCUGAGUCAGACAAUCAUGCACUUUUAGAUGAGAAGGAGGACUCAUACUUCUCAGAAAUCCACUUCAUUUCAAACAUGAGAUAAACCCAGGCAUCCAGCUCCACAGAUAAAAGAUCAGACCAGGCUGAGGAGGAGCGAACCCCCAGUCACAGUUUGUCCAACUCCAAGCUAGGGCUCCACGGCCUAGACGAGGAGGAAGAGGAAGUGGAGGGAGACGGAGAGGAGGAGGAAGGCAGCCUGACAGAGAAGUCUCACGACGAGGCGCCUGAGUCCCCAUCUCCUGUCACGACAGGGGUGUAUGAGGACGAGGAGGAGGAGGAAAGAGGACGGCUCCAUUGGCUCUUGAACUAUGAACACACUCGCAGGCUUAUGCAAUGAUGCUGUCUCUGUCAGAGAACAACCCUUUGCACGCCGCCUUCCCAGAACUCUCUGGACGCUUGGCUGAGCAUGGGAGGUGGAUCUGUCCGAGACGAGCAGCUUUCACCCACUCAACACAUCUAGACGAGAGACGAGAGAGGAUGUGGAGGAAGAGUAGGAAGAACAUAGUUUUGUGGAUAGAAGCAAGAGACUAUACGCGGACAUGAGUAGUGAGAAAAUGUGGAGACCAGAGAAGGAUUCGGUGUCCAUUGCUUGUGUGUGUGUGUGUGUGUGUGUGUGUGUGUGUGUGGUGUGUGUGUUGUGUGUGUGUGGUGUGUGUGUGUGUGUGUUGUGUUGUGUGUGGUGUGAGAAAUAUGGGUAGGAGGGAGAGGUUGCCCACAGGCGAGGCCUCUUAUAAGACCUCUGUCAAAGAGAAAGCACUGCGAAGCUCCUGUUAUGUGAAGGACAUGAGGAAUGCUUAUCAACAGCAUACAAUUUUGCAUUACUCUGAUCUCCCCAAGUCCACCAGGCUCACUGCAGCCCACAGAGACCCGAUGUAAGGCUCUCAUAAAGACACUUAAUGACUAGUACGUCUCUAAAGUCCUGUACACCGCCUUCUUAAAAGCACUGCAGCAAAAGCACUGCAUUAGCACUGCAUGUCCACAGGGUGGUGCUGUUCCCCAAGGAACAUAGUGGGGCGCGUGCAUGACUGUCUCCAGGUUUUCCCCAUCAAUCACGGGCGACUCAUUUACUGAUCUUGUUUCAGCUGUAACUGCAGAAUCAACAAUAGCACCAUACUUAAUGUUACUUGAGGAAGUGACAGUUCAGUAGACUGUUGAUUUUUAUGAUAACACAGAGAAUGAUGUUCAAAUGUGCACAACUGGUGAUUGAAAUAAGAUGUGUGUAAACUAGCCAUUGUAAUGGGUUUCCCUAUUUGAUCAUGCUGAAAUGAAUUGAAAUCAUACUCAAAAAAUGAGAAAAGUCUUUCUCUGCUUGUUUUUUUAUCGUCAUCUUUUAAUUUUAUUUACUUUUUUCCUCUUAGAUACCACAGUAUUGUUUCUUUUUAGGCACCACAGUGCUAAAUUGUUAAUAUAAUUAUUUUAGAAGGACCAAAAUUGUAUGAUAUUGUCAUAUGAUGUACAAAAUACUUAGAUGUUCAUAGCAAGAGUGGUAUGUGCCAAAUACCCAUAGAUUUUUUUUUUGUUCUCUGACAAUCAUUUCAUUUCCAAGGGGCUUGCCUUUGCUGUCAUUUUUUUUUUCUUUUACACUCUUAUAAAUUUGAUUUCAGAAGUGUGUGUAUGUAUUUAUUUUUGGUUGUUUUGUCAUGACUGGAGGAGUAAAAAUGAAGAAAAGUCAUUUUAUCCCUCUGUUCUUGUUGCUGAAGGAAAAAACACCUAUCAGAGUGUGGGGGAGAUUCUGAAUCUCCGGUUUUGAUGUGUAGUGUGCCAAAAUGGAAAGAACCCAUGAAAUUAUUGUUUUUAUUUAUAGUGGAAAAUAGCUGUAGUUAGUCUUAGAUCAGAUUUGGCAAAGUAACGUCCUGCAGUGUUGAGUUUUUUUGUCCUUUUUUCACUUAAACCAGUUUACUCAGUAUGCUGGAUGUAUCUUGUUCAAAUUGGUUCAAGUUUUUUUGGGGGGAGGGGAGGGGUCUGAACACAACAACUGAACACUAUGAAUGUCAGAAAAAGGGCAUUACAUUUUCACACCAUCGAAUCUGACUUGUUUCUAUCACAUCAAGCACUCUUUCCCUCUGUUUUUAAUGGAUACUGUUAUGAACAAAGAUCCUUUUUUAAAUCAGUUGUCCAGUAGUACACAGUCCAAAGUAUGAACCACACAGUUACGUGUGCAUGAACAUCCAGUCAUCAUUUAUUUAAGUGACAAAAUCUCUGGUUGUGCAGGACAGGAGAAUCUGUCGAACAAAACUUAAAGAUUAAAAGAAAGAGUUAACUAACUAUACCUAAUGUUUAAAUGGACACCAUAACUGCUGGCCGGUCCCUCCAACACGUUAGAAAAUGUCUGCUUGAUUCUGGACAGGGGAAACAAGAAUCAUUUGAUCAUGAGUUUAACUUUAUAUUUCCUGCUUGUCUUGUGAGGUUAUACUGAAAUGUUCUCACUCAUUCCAUGUGGACUACAAGGUAGCUGUGCCAUGGAGGGCAUGAGUCAUUUACUGUAGAUAACUGUAGAUAGCUGCAGGAGGCAGGGGAGAGGGGGGGGUGAGCAUUGUUGAUCAUUGUUGCCUUGAUCCUCCCUGCGUACUGGGACUUUUCAGAACUAGGCCUGAUGCUGUAUUCUCAAACCAGUACUUAAAUCAUAUGGGUCCAAGCCAUAAAGUGAUCAGGCUUAGGUCUCUAGAACUUUAAACACAAAUACAUUUUCAGAUUAGUUGUACUUGAGGAAGGUGAGCAAAUCGUGCUCGACAUGGAAAUGUAAGCAAAAUCUGAAACAGAAGCACUGUAGUUUUUCUUCACCACAGCACGUGGUAGUGUGAUGCUAGGACUGAUGCAUCAUCUCAUUUUUCUAAAGAAUGAAGUCUUUUUGUAAUUUCACUGAAUGAGCUUUCAUUCAAGGUAAACACAUGUUUCCAACUUGUGGUUAUAAGGUGUAAAGACUCUGCUAAGUUUUUUGGUUGACUAUAUGUCGUAACUCAUGUCAUGGACUACUGUUAUAAGUACGCGCUGUGUAAAGCAAAGGAAUUAAGGCAUUGAAGUUUCCCGUUUUGCCAACUUCAGAAAGUAUUCUUGCAGAUGGUUGCUGAAACACGUUUCAGCAUAAUAGAACAUGGUUGCUGUUUUCCCCCCAUUGUUACAGGAGAAAGUAAAAUUAUACAUAUUGUUUCUUUUUAACUGUAUAGUAUUUUAAAGAAUGAAAAACAAUGAUGCAUUUGUCUGAAGAAAAAAAUCAUUGAAAAAUAUGGGUUUAAAUGGAUGGUGCUUGUUUUGUUUGAAUCUGAGUUGUAUAUCUCCUCCGUUAUGUUUAUUGAAAACAAAAAAAAGUUAUUGUGCAUGACGUGUUUAGCAGUCAUAAUGAUGUCCAUUUGUGAAAUGCGUAUCAAAUCAAAAAACUUGAAAAAAAAAUGAAAAAAAGAAAUCCGUAGAUGCACUUAUUGUACAUGUGGUUAGGUUAGUAGGUUUGACUUCAAGUUCUUGACUGCCUUACAGGUGGCUCUGAAAGACAUAGAAAAGACUUGUGGGACGAGACAUAAUGAAAAAACAAUAAAGGAUUGUAGAAUAAUAUUGAACAAUUCUGAAAAUUGCAGUUCUUUUGAUGCUUGUGAUUAUUGAAGAUGUACUUUAGAGAAAAUUCAUCGAAAAGAUAUGACUGAUGUUAAUUCUGUAGAAUAGCAAUGUAUACCAAAUGUAAUCUUUCCAAUGCUAUGAAGAAUUUAUACAUGAAAUUGAUAUGCAAUAAAACCUGUGUGCUUUUUAA